CCAAGAAGAAAAACGAAUUAAUCUCUAUGUUAAAAUCUUUAUUUGGAUUUUAUUUGCAGAAAACUUCUAAAUCAAUUAAAUUCUCAUGAAAAAACGAACCAAACACAGCAGGUAAACGGAACUCACGACCGUUUACUCGUUAUUUAUUUAUUUAGUUAUUUAUUUUUAACAAGGGGAAUUUAAACCGCGUCGCUGAGUUUUUUAGGCUGUGAUAUUUCUACAUGCGUGCGUUCAGCGCGCGCGUUUCCCUCCGGAGCGGACCGCAACAACACUGACCUCCAGCGUGAGCAGCAGGACAGAGGAGCUGUCGCUGUCCUCGGUGCUGGACUCCACGUCAGGCGGCAGUUAGGACACAUUUUGACCUCCACCGCGCAGCUUUUGCGCACGCACUCCCGCUGCGCGCGAGGAGGCGAAUAACGCUCUUAAAUCAGGCUUAGUUUUUCAAUCUUCCCAUCAGGAAUAGGAGGUGAUUUUUAAGUGAGUUUCUAGUUUGCUGCUAUAAAAUAUUGUCUGUUCCGUUUCUCUCCUACGGGGUGGAGCAGGUCCCAGCUCGCUCUUCUGAUAAAAAAAAAAAAAAUACAGAAAGCAGGAAAGACACGUGGUCGUUCAAAGCUCUCCCAGGACCCAGCGAGGCGGAGGUGGAGACGAGAGGACGCAGUCGGGAUGGGAAAGGAAGCGGAGAGGAGCGAGCCGCGUCUUAACCAUGGAGAUCUGGCUGCUGCGCGUGUUUCAGGAUGAGGACCUAACACUCUGGGAUUUUCGGACACUUUAUUCCUGAAGGAGAGCCGGAGGAUGUGGAGGAUUACAGGUGGGCCAGAGAAGAAAAAAGCCAUGUGAUGCUGCUCUCCUGCUUUUUUCCACAAAUGUGGUAUUUUUAAAAUUCACCUGAUCAGAAAAAUGGAUUAUUCUAAUUUCUCCAGCCUGGAGGACUGGUCGGAGGAGAAGAACGGCUCCUCCAAUUCCACCACCCAGAGCCAGUACACGCAGCUUGCUGCGUGGGGUCUGGCUGGACUUGUCAGCUUCCUGAUUUUGUUUACAAUAGUGGGAAAUGUGUUGGUUGUUAUCGCUGUUUUAACCAGCAAAGCCCUCAAACCGCCUCAGAACCUCUUCCUGGUCUCCUUGGCCAGUGCAGACAUACUGGUGGCCACUCUGGUGAUGCCCUUUUCUCUGGCAAAUGAACUCAUGGGCUACUGGUUUUUCGGUAAAAUCUGGUGCGACAUCUAUCUGGCUCUGGAUGUUUUGUUUUGCACCUCUUCCAUCGUUCACCUGUGUGCCAUCAGCCUGGACAGGUACUGGUCGGUGACGCAGGCGGUAGAGUACAACUUAAAGAGAACGCCCAAAAGAGUGAAGGGCAUGAUCGUGAUCGUCUGGUUGAUCUCAGCCGUCAUCUCCUUCCCUCCUCUGAUCUCCAUGGACAGAAGCAGCAGCGGGAUGGAUCCCCAGUGCAUCCUGAACGAUGAGACCUGGUAUAUUCUCUACUCCAGCAUCGGGUCCUUCUUCGCUCCCUGUGUUAUAAUGAUCCUGGUCUACAUUCGGAUAUACCAGGUGGCAAAAACCAGGACCAGGACGCUGUCAGAGAAGCGGAGGGAUGUGGAUUCGCCUCUGGAGAAUGGGAUGGACCAAGCAGAACCAGGCAAAGGCGGGUCCAUAAAGUCCACGCAGGCUGGGAGCAUGAAGGACAAGGAGCGUGAGAACGGGCACUGCCAGGAGCAGGCUGGAAGUUCCUCCCAAACAAACGCGCCAAAACAUCAAGCCGCUGACCACGAUGACGACUUUGAGGACAGCAGCUCAUCAGAUGAGAAACCUAAAAAGUGUUUAAGUUCCUCCAGGCAUCACCAGGAUGACAAGAAAGACAGGAAGUCCAGCCGGAAAAGCAGCUCCGCCUCCAAAUUCUCCAGCAGGAAGUCUCGCUCCAGCUCUAAAUCCAUGGACCUGUUUUCAUCCCGCCGCAAGCGCAGAAGCACGGUCAACCGGAAGAAGGUGUCUGCUGCUCGAGAGAAGCGCUUCACGUUCGUCCUGGCCGUGGUGAUGGGCGUGUUUGUCGUGUGCUGGUUCCCGUUCUUCUUCUCCUACAGCCUUUACGGAAUCUGCCGCGACCCGUGCAAGAUCCCCGAGACGCUGUUCAAGUUUUUCUUCUGGAUCGGCUACUGCAACAGCUCGCUCAACCCGGCCAUCUACACCAUCUUCAACCAGGACUUCCGCAGAGCCUUCCAGAAGAUCCUCUGUAAGUCGUGGAAGCGCUCUUUCUGAAGGCAUCCGCGGUGCCUUCGCCUUCAGGAGUCUCGCUAGAGAUAAAGACCAAACGCUUGUGCCAAGGUGUCAUUUUUAAGGUCGAACUAUACAAACGGUCCCCUCAGAGGAAGCUGGCACCAUCCAGACUGCUUUUGGACUCUUAUGUGGGCUCCAGAUCAUUUCCUCCACCCAUCGAUUUCCUCUCUGUUCAUUUAAAUACAAACAGACUCCAAACGGUGACGCCUGCCUGCCACAGCGGCGGCACUCAGACGAGCCUCUGAGCUUUACAGAGACGCUCGAUUCACCAUCUCACCACAUUCUCUGAGUUUAUCGCCAAGGCCUUGACAAUCUCCACGAGACUGAUGGGAUUAAUAUCCCCCCCCCCCUCCCCACCUUUUGCCCACUUUCCCCUUUCUGUUUUGUAACUCUGUCAAACACGAGGACCAAUGGGACGAAGGGGCUCCUGGCUUACUGUUCAAGUAGCAGAACUGUUUCUGCCUGACCCUCACGUUUCUGCAGUUCUGUGAUUGUGUGUGAGGAUGACAAGUAUCUAAGAGCUGCGGUGGAUUUCUCUGAUGGAGCACUGGACGGUGUGUCUUUGCACGUGAUUUUGGCCUUUUGAGAGAAUAAACUGGGUGCAGAGUUGCCGUAGGGACAGAUGCGGAGGUAUUCAGCCUCUGAGGCAGCAGGGAAGAGAGAAAGGACACAGCGUGUUCAACGAGUGGAUCUGUGCUGCAAUGAAGCCGGCUGAAGGGUUCACCGCAUCUUACGCUGACUGUUAGUGAUCAUCAGUGUGUGUGUGUGUGUGUGUGUGUGUGUGUGUGUGCGUGUGUGUUAAAGCCAUCUCGCUCAGCCAGAUUCCCUCUGAUUGAGUGACACACGAUCUCCCUCUCCUCUACGGUGAAAAACACCUGAUUGCUUGUUUUUAAUCACCACAGAGACAAAAACACGAGGCGGGAUUUCCACGGACGCCGUUUCCGUCUCUCUAGCCAGAAGGGCUAAAUGCUUUUAAUGUGUGUAAAUAAUUCAAGAGUAUUACCGUGUGGCGCUUCAUGAUCACACUCGUGUUGCUAUGGUUAGGUGUUUGUAUGAUAAGUGACGCUCUGAGGUAUUUUCAUCUCAUGACGAACCUGUUUUGGUUUUCUAAAAGAACAAAUGUUUACUUCUCUGCCUUGAGCACAUCGAAAAAGAUCAAAUAAAGACGUUACAGCAACAGCGCUCGGAGGAGUCCCAGGCUGCAGCUGCACUUUCACCACCGUU